AUUAAAUCUCAUUUUUUCAGAGACAUACUCGAUCGUAAGAAAGAAAAGAAGAAGCCAAGAAUGAAAUUCUCUUCGUACUUACUGAUAUUCUUUAUCUUUCUCUUUCUGUUCCAAAGCUCCAGUAGUUCUAAUCUUAUCUCUCAAUCUUGCAAGGAGGCAUCGAAGAACGACCCAAAUUUGAAGUAUGGUUUCUGUGUUGAAUCCCUUGAAGAUGCCUCCUCCAAGUUGCAACCACCACCGACCAACCUCGAAGGUCUUGUGUGCAUGUCAACUCAACUUACCAAGUCCAACGCAAGCAACAUGGUUUCCAUCAUUUCAAAGCUCCUGAAGGAUAAAAGUUAUGAUCAAUACGUAAAGGCUUGCUUACGAGAUUGCUUUGAUCUUUACUCGGAUUCCCUUUCGGACUUAGAUGAUGCUGUGGUUGCUUUCAAGCAGAAGGAUUUUGACACUGCUGCUAUAAAGCUGAGUGCUUCCUUGGAUAACUCUGAAACAUGUGAAGAUCAAUUCAAGGAAAAGAAGGGUGAAACGUCUCCUUUAACAAAGGAAAAUCAAGUCUACUUCCAACUCAAUAUGAUAUGCCUGGCCUUCCUUCAAAUGCUUCGCCAACAUUAUUGACAAAACUUAAGCAUGCCAUAUACAAUUAUAUAAUAUUACGAGCUUUCUAUAGCCUGGUAUAGCUUGUGCAAAAUUCUUUAUCUGUCAUGAAGUAUUCAGACUGAAAUUAUGUCCUUCGUAU